GUGUCGCCAUCUGAUGACGACGCGAGCGAUUACUAUCAAUGAUUCAUGGAGUCGCACGGGGUCGCGAGGUAGAUUUUCUAGUGAGCUUCCAAAUUACUAACGGCAUCUCGCAAUUAUGCUGUAAUUACGUGUGCGUGCCCGAGAACGGUGUUCGAUUUGCAUUCCCGGAAACGUGAGCAUCAACGUAGGCGCAUCUAACGCGGCACAAGAAAUCUCGACGAGCAUACGGCGUACCGAACCGCCAGUGUAUCCGGCAGCAAAAUGGCAGCGAGUGAUUCCAACACGGACGACAGUCUCUAUCCGAUCGCAGUUCUAAUUGACGAGUUAAAAAACGAAGAUGUUCAGUUACGUCUCAAUUCUAUCAAGAAAUUAUCAACGAUUGCGCUUGCUCUAGGCGUUGAACGAACACGGAGUGAAUUGAUACCGUUUUUAACAGAGACAAUUUAUGAUGAAGAUGAAGUUCUUCUUGCAUUAGCCGAACAGCUCGGCACGUUUACCCCUCUUGUUGGUGGACCAGAAUUUGUACAUUGUCUCUUGCCACCGCUGGAAUCUCUGGCUACCGUGGAAGAAACUGUAGUCCGUGAUAAAGCUGUGGAAUCUUUAAGAAAUAUUGCGAGCCAGCAUAGUCCUGCAGAUUUAGAAGAACACUUCGUGCCAUUGGUUCAACGCUUGGCUUCAGGAGAUUGGUUUACGUCAAGAACAUCAGCAUGCGGCUUGUUCAGUGUUUGUUAUCCAAGAGUGAGCCCAGCCAUUAAAGCGGAAUUGCGGAAUCACUUUCGCAGCUUGUGCCAGGAUGACACUCCUAUGGCUCGACGGUCUGCGGCUUCUAAAUUAGGUGAAUUUGCAAAAGUUGUGGAAAUUGAGUACCUUAAAUCUGAUUUAAUACCUAUGUUUGUUAUACUUGCUCAAGACGAACAAGAUUCAGUUCGUCUUUUGGCUGUUGAAGCUUGCGUCAGUAUUGCAGCAUUGUUACAACAAGAGGAUGUUGAACAAUUGGUUAUGCCUACACUUCGGCAAUGUGCUAGCGAUCAAUCAUGGCGCGUUCGUUACAUGGUAGCGGAUAAAUUUACAGAUCUUCAAAAGGCUGUUGGUCCAGAAAUAACGAAAACAGAUCUUGUACCAGCAUUUCAAGUAUUAUUGAAAGAUAUUGAGGCAGAAGUGCGGGCUGCAGCUGCCGAUAAAGUCCGCGAUUUCUGUCAAAAUCUUGAUCAAUUCAAUCAGGAAUCUAUAAUAAUGACAAAUAUAUUGCCUAUUGUUAAAGAACUUGUAGCAGAUCCUAAUCAGCAUGUAAAGUCAGCUCUGGCAAGCGUAAUUAUGGGACUAAGUCCCAUACUCGGCAAACACAACACGAUCGAGCAUCUGUUACCUCUAUUCUUAUCCCAACUCAGAGAUGAAUGCCCCGAGGUGCGGCUCAAUAUCAUUAGUAAUCUAGAAUGUGUUAAUGAAGUUAUUGGUAUACAACAACUUUCGCAAUCUCUUUUACCUGCCAUUGUGGAGUUAGCCGAAGAUUCUAAAUGGCGCGUGCGAUUAGCUAUCAUCGAAUAUAUGCCAUUAUUAGCUGGACAGCUUGGCGUAGAAUUCUUUGAUGAAAAAUUAAAUUCUCUGUGUAUGACUUGGCUAGUGGAUCAUGUUUAUGCGAUUCGGGAAGCAGCUACGUUAAAUCUGAAGAAAUUGGUAGAGAAAUUUGGACCUGAUUGGGCACAGAAUACAGUGAUACCUAAAGUUUUGGCUAUGUCCAGGGAUCAGAAUUAUCUUCAUAGAAUGACAUGCUUAUUCUGCAUCAAUGUUCUGGCUGAAGUAUGUGGUCCAGAGAUAACAACAAAAGUCAUGCUUCCAACUGUAUUGACAAUGGCUACUGAUAAUGUUGCAAAUGUAAGAUUUAAUGUCGCUAAGACUUUGCAGCGAAUUGGACCUUUCCUUGAACCUUCAGCAGUCCAAACUCAAGUAAAACCUAUCCUCGAUAAACUUAAUACUGACAGUGAUGUAGACGUAAAAUACUUUGCUUCAGAAGCAAUCGCUGGUAUUGCAGGUUGAACGAUACAGAGUGCAUUUAUCACUUAUUCAAUAAUAUCCAACUUAAAUUUGAGAAAGAAAAA